AUAUCUCUAAUAUAGGUAUCGACAGCGUGGACAUCAGUAAUGUCCACAACACCAAGCGCAUUGAUCCCACACGGCCGGUUCUUUGUUAGUUCCUUGAGUCGCAUGAAAUAUUAAUGAAGGCUUUGACCCGAGGCUGGCGACUUUCGAUGGCGCUAGCUUAUGGCCGCGCGACUGGGUCGGGAGAAAGUUAACUGUAGUGCGUGCUGGAUACCGGCGGCCGCCAGUCCGCGUUCAGCCCCCCGCGCGUUCGCACUGCGCACGCUCAUCAUGAGAUUCACGAGUACACGCGCACUCACGAGCUGUCCGCUCCACCUGUGACUGCAGUGUUGACAGUGACCUGUGACCUACUGUGCAUAAAGUUCAAUAGUGCUAAAUGAUAUUGCGAUGACAUUCUCUGGAUCUGCAAACAUGAAGGAGACUAAGUCGAGAAAUGUCAAAGACUCCUGGGAAUCCGAGUUCGGCUACGGCUGGAAGCAGUCGAACGCGCGCCGCUGCCGCGCCCACCGGCCCCCGGAGUCCACCCUGUCGGUGUCCAGCGACAUCCGGUUCACGCGGCGCAAGCUCACGCGGCCCUGCCAGGGCUGCUGCGCCGCCGCCGCCGCCAUGCUCAUACUCAUGCUGCUCACCGCCGUCGCUGUUUAUCUUGGACACAUGUACCUGUUUGGGGAUCCGCUGAACCGGCAGAUCUUCCGAGGGUCGUUCGUGGUGUCAUCGUGGGGCGACGGCGGGGGCGAGGCGGGCGGGGGGCGGGGCAACCACUCGCGGGAGGGGGACCUGAGGCAGGCUCUACUGGACGUGUACAAAAACUCACAGCUGCGAUCCUGUUUCGUGUCCGCAGAGAUCCUUGCCCUCGACACCGCCGAGGAGGGCACUCGCGUUCACUUCGAGGUUUCAUUCGAGCCUAUCUUCACGUCGGUGGGCACCGGCGAGGUGGCGGCGGCGCUGUCUCACGAGCUGCACGCGCCCACCGCCCCCGCGCUGCUGCGGCUGCAGCUGCUGCCGGAGACACUGCACAUCGAGGAAAACACCGUGAUAUCGUCCCAAGGUCUGGACGACCUCGACACGACCCCCGCGGACGCGCCCAGCACCGAGGCUGCCACCGCCGAGGCCGUGGAGGAGCUUCGAGAAUGUUCUCCAUUGACCCUACCUCUCUGCAAGCACCUCCCGUACAACAUCACGUCGUAUCCCAACCUGGUGGGACACGCGAAUAAAGAGGUGCUGUUGCGGGAUCUGGUGGCGUUCCGGGAGCUUCUGGAUGCGGAGUGCUCGCAUUUGGCGCAAGACUUCGUCUGCGAGAUGCUGCAGCCCCGCUGCUCGGAGGGGCGGCUGCUGCGGCCGUGCCGCGCCUACUGCCGCGCCUUCCACGCCGGCUGUGGAGCGCGCCUGCCCGACCGGCUUAAACCGCACUUUGACUGCUCGCGGUUCCCUGAUUACUUCGGACCAGGGUCAUGCUUGCCGGAACCUGAAUGCCACUCCAGCCUGCAACGACUCGCCCUGUCCCGCCGCGCAUGCGACGGGGUACCAGACUGCGCUGACGCACAGGACGAGCGCGCGUGCGCACACUGCGCCGCCGCGGGGGGGCGCGGGCUGCGCUGUGCGCUGAACACAAGGUGUCUGCCGCAGCACCUGCGCUGCGACGGGACGCCUGACUGCCCCGAUGGGAGCGAUGAGGCUGGCUGCUUAUGGGUAUCACGCUCGCUCGCCUCCUGGCGGCGGGAGGCGGCGGAGACGACGCUGGGCGCGGUCCGCAGCCGCGCCGGGUACGCCGUGUGGGCCGAGCGGGGCCGCGCCGGCAAGGUGUGCGCCGCGCCGUACGAACACGACCGGAAGGCCUUGCUGAGUGUUGCUAACUCGCUGUGUCGCGCGCUCACUUUCAAGUCAGCUUCAAACGCAGAAGUGGUCCACGACGCCGAGGCCGAGGACGCGGACACCGACGAGGAGUCAGCUCCAGAGUACGUGGAGGUGGUGGACCCGGCCGCGCCCGAGAUCUCCUUCCUCAAGAGCGACUGCCCCGAGCGGAGGGUCGUGCGCGUCGUUUGCGAUCAGUUAGAGUGCGGUACAGCCUCAGCCCGAGGCCCGCGGGCGCGCGCCGGCGUGCAGGGGCUCCCGCGGUCAGCCCUGCCCGGCGACUGGCCGUGGCACGCCGCGCUACUGCGCACGCACGUGCACGCGUGCGACGCGGCGCUGGUCCAUCCCGCCUGGCUGAUUACUACCGCUUCCUGCUUCCAGGGUCAACCCAAAGCCGAGUGGACUGCCCGUCUCGGAUCCGUGCGGAUACAAAGUACAUCUCCGUGGCAGCAAGAGCGCCGCAUCGUGGGCAUGGUGCGCUCCCCGGUCGAGGGCAGCAUGCUGGCGCUGGUGCGACUGGAGGAGCCUCUAGAGAUGACCGACUUCGUGCGACCAGCAUGCCUGCCCGAGACGGGGCCAGGGGCUGCCGCACCGACCGUGUGCAACACGCUAGGCUGGACCAGGAAUAGGGACCAGCUGCAGAGGAUCCACGUGGUGCCGAGCCCCAUGCAGAGCUGUGAGAACGCGAGCAUCGCCACGGCUAACGGACUGUGCGCCGAGCCGCUCUAUGACCAGGAUGACUGUGAUGAAGAAGAAUAUGCCGGGAGUUCAAUGAUGUGCUUUGAUGAGAAAACUAAGCAUUGGUCCCUAGUGGGAGUGAGUGGGUGGCGCAUUGCCUGCACAAAGAUUGGACUUGGUCGACCCAGGAUAUACGACUCUGUCAGCUCUCAUGUAGAUUGGAUCCGAAGAACCAUCUCUAAUUCGGCUAGGUGACCUCCUGUAGUCAGAUAAACUUAAGACUGGAUUGGACUGAAGUGAGCUUAGGAGUAAGCAUUCAUCAAGAUAAUUGACAGCAUUUUUUAAAUGAGAAUAUAAUAUAAUUUCAAUUUCAGAUAUAAAAGGCUAUAAAUUUCACUUAGAAUCAAAUCAAUUUUAAAAUGAGGAUAUAUAAUAAUCAAAUUCAAAGUAUAAUUAUGAUAAGUUCUUAAACCGAGAAUAAUUGUAUUUUUAUCUAUGUUUGCUUUCUUUAAACUGAGGAAUGUGCCUGCAGUCAGUACUAUCCUUUAGAUAUAAAUAUUAGUAUGUAAUGAAAGAAACCUAGGUAUAAAUAAUAUUAGAGUUGGAUUUAUGCGAGAAGUGUCUCUAGUGAAAAAAGUUGAGAUUUAUUUGAGAAUCAUCAGUACAAAAUAUUGUGUUGUCAUCUAUUUACCGAUGUGUAAAAUGUGUACCUAGUUUAAAACUGUAAACUUUUGUUAAGUUGCCAUCAAAAAGUAUAAGAUGUUUAUGAUUGUUGAUAGUAUUUAAAAAUGUCUGUUGUGUGUAAUGUAAUAUUUUAUUUUGGUAUAAUAUAUUUAAUUUAUUUUGUCAUAGGAUUGUACAACGAGGGAGAGAAAUGUAAAUAGAAUUAUGUCAAUAAGUAUAAUACCAAAUUAUGAAAUUAAAAAUAAGAUAAAAUUUA